CAAUUUUUCAAUUACGAACUAAUCAGCCGGCCCUUGAAUAAACCAUCUCCUCCCUCAAAUCUCACAAAAUCUAAACCAGAACACAAAUCUCUUCUUCAUUUUCAUCAUCAUAAUCUUCAAUGGCCGAUUUCCCCGAAGGCUGCAUAGCCGAUAUCAUCUCCUUCACCACUCCUCGCGACGCAUGCCGCCUCCGUUUGGUGUCGACCACCUUCAGGUCCGCCGCCGAAUCCGACACCGUGUGGGAGAAGUUUCUGCCACCCGAUUUCUCCUCCCUCGUCUCUCGAUCCACACAUCCUCCUAUCUUCUCUCGCCUCAAGGACCUGUACUUCACCCUCUGCAAUCGCCCCUUACUCAUCGAUGGGGGUAGAAAGAGCUUCUCACUGGAGAAAGAGACUGGAAAAAAGUGUUUCAUGCUAUCCGCGAGAGAGCUCUGUAUCAUUUGGGGUGAUACUCCUCGAUAUUGGAAGUGGAUUUCUUCACCUAAAACUAGGUUUGAAGAAGUGGCUCUGCUCCUUCGGGUGUGUUGGUUGGAGAUCAGUGGGAAGAUUGAAAUUUCGAUGCUAUCUCCAUCGACACGGUACACUGCAUAUCUUGUCUUCAAGCUAAAUCGUCAAUUUCUUUGGGGAUUUAACAUCCAAGCAGGAGAUACAUCAAUUAGGGUUUCGGAAUCUGGGGAGACUGUUCGGGGAACAGCCGUUCUAGGCGCCCAUCUUUACAAGAGAGAAGAAGAAAAUUGGCAUAAUUAUCCCGAGGAGAGAAAAGAUGGGUGGAUGGAAAUUGAGCUGGGUGAGUUUUUCUACCAUGGAAGACAAGAGGGGGAGCUGGAAAUGAGGUUUGAAGAUUUGAGUGGCCAUUGGAAGGGAGGUCUCGUUGUUCAUGGCAUCGAAAUUAGACCAAAAUAAGAUACGCUCUACUCUGUCUGUCCUCGUAUAUAACUUACCUUUUAUGUUGGUAGAUUUUCUCUUAGUUUUAUUUGGGAAAUAAUCGCAAAAAGUUAGCAUUA